AAAGCGGAUUGUUUGUUGGGUGUAUGCGGAAAUACACAAUAAAUACUUUUGUAUUAGGUUUGUACCUUAAAAUGUUAAUACUAGCUUUCAAACGAUUCAAAUUAUAAACAAUUGAAAAUAAUAGUAAUCUGAAAAAAUUAAUUUUAAUUAAGAAAUCUUCCCAGCAGUACGACAAAUAGUCAAUACACUGGAAAAAGACAGCAGUUUUCAUAACAUCUAGCUAGACGGCUCUAAUUCGUUUUUUAAAAGUAAUCGUUGUACAGGACAGUGAUGACGGUGUAAAUUGUAAAUUUACUGUCCCUAAGUAAUCUAGAGAGUAGUCACUGUAAAAAAAUUAAGCAAAAUGUUCAAAAAGACUCUUUUUGAGUAACUCCUUCUAAGGCAAGCACAUGGUAAAAUACAAAGCAUUUGACUGGCCAAGGAUAAUGCUAAAUAAUAACUAGUUCGGAACUGUUCAUCUGAAUUGAUGGGCAUUUUUAGGAAAACUUACAACUCUUUUUGAACACUCCUAAAGUUCAUAUGCAUAUCUGUUUGCAUUAUAAUAUGUAUCCAUGUGUGUUAGUAAUUAUUGGUAUGACAAUCAACAAUCUACAUACAUAUAUAACACAUAUACAUAUGUACAUACAAUACAUAUCGCGUAUGUAUGUAUGCAAUAUUUUUCCUAGUAAGUUGGUCGGUUGUUGCUGUCUUUACUUUAGUGUUUGUUUAUUUAUCCUUUUGCUUUUCCUCGUUUCACAUUUAAGUCCUUUGUCGAUGUGUCCCAACAAAUUAGUAGUGAAUAGAUAUGUCAACAGUGCGUUAUUCAGUUUAAUACAAAACGUCAUUACGUUAAAGCUGCUUAUUGAGGCAUUUCUUGCUGAUUUUACAAUCCAACUUACUUGCUUCCAACAAAAUAAAUUCGACUUCUUAUGAAGAAAUUAUCUAAAGUAUUUAAUACAUACAUAUAAAUAUGUACAUAUUCACAUACAUAUUAUCCAAUGUAAAAAUAUGUAUAUGUACGAAAAUUUUAAUGAUAAUCAAAUACAACAAAAACAAAGGCAAAAUUAUACAUAUUCGGCCAUUUCACCACAACAGCUGAAUGAAUCGUGGGCUGGUAGACGACUUGUAGAGGCAUUAAGUCAAUUACCACCAAGUAAUUUUAGCUCAUCUCUGGAUAUGAAAUUCCAAAAGAAACAAAUGUUGGAACGCGAGCAAAAAAAACUGGCAUUGACGGGAGGAGAUAUUUCUCAAGCAUCGAAAACAACCAUUGGUAACGGGAAGGUUCGUCAAAUGUUUGAUGACCGUAGGCGUGGUGUUGGAAUAGAUCGCAGUCAUCCUCUGCGACCAAUUGCGACAUCCCCUACUUCAACAUCUUUAACAACUAGAAAUGUAACACAACAGCCAGCCAGCAAUAAACGUCCAGUGGGUGGAGCAAAUGUCUCUAGACGCGUAAUUACGAAUAGCACAUUAAUGCAAAGUACUACAUCUUCUACAUACAGCGAUAAAAAUGUAUCCAAUGGCAAUAACAAUAUAUUUAAUAACAAUCUCGAUGAACUUGAUAAUAUUGACAACGAAACAUUUCCUAAGGAGUUUUCAUCGCUGAGUUUAAAUAACACGCAUACAAUGGGCUCACGUGUCACAGAUGACCGAGAUUUGGAUAAUAAUAGUAAUGAAGAAAACGAUAUUUUGGGCGGUACUGUUGUAAUUAGCAAGAGAACAAGUCCGACAUCAAAUGGUAUUAAAUUAAAUCCUGUGAUUACAAAAAAAUCACCAAUUUCAACGGCUACAAAAACGACAAGCAGAACACCGAGUACUAGCAGUAGAGCAUUUACACUUUCUAAGACUACCACCAACUCUUUGAAGUCGCCAGUGGUGAAAUCACCAACAAUGCCAUCAUCAACAGCUAAAAAUGUCAAGACAAAUGUAAACAAAACGAACAGCACUAAACCAGCAACAUUCGUAUUGUCGGUUAAGCCGCCACCCAGAAUAAGCACUCCUCCACCAGGCAUGGCGGCCUGUCAGUAUUGUCAACGUAACUUCAAUGAGGAUCGUUUGGAUAAACAUGAGAAUGUUUGUAAAAAGAUGACGACUAAAAAACGUAAAAUAUUUGAUGCUUCCAAACAUAGGGUCAAGGGUACCGAAGCUGAGAAAUAUAUAAAAAAAGGUAAAGUUUCAAGCACAAGCGGCUCAAAAACCGUAACGGCCGCAAUUAAAAAGACUCAAGAACCAACCAACUGUGGAGAAAAGAAAAGCAGUUGGAGAAAAAAACAUGAAGAGUUUAUAGCAGCCAUAAGAGAAGCUAAGAAGGUUCAAGCUUACCUAGCCAAAGGCGGAAAAUUAAGUGAUUUACCACCUCCUCCGCCGUCUGAAAAUCCCGAUUACAUACAAUGUCCCCACUGUAGUAGACGUUUUAAUCAAGCGGCUGCUGAACGUCACAUCCCAAAGUGCGCCAAUAUGCAGCAUAAUAAGCCGAAACCCGUAAAAAAGCGUGUUUAACAUAUUAAUAGGCAAGAGAAGAAGGGAUAUUUAAUUUUUUGACUUGCAAAGUUGAAUGAAGUUUGGUUCAGAAUAAUAUUAAGUCUUUAUACAAAUAUUUUUCACGUCAAUCCUGAACAAAAUGUCGUUGAGGAUUUCAUAAUUUUCUACUUUUAUAUUCUUAUAACUAUAAUAUUAUUUUGUUUUUUACUUUACUAAUAAUUAAUGCUUAUGCGUAAAAAAUAAUGCGUAAUUUACUCCUAGACAUGUGAUAAAUUAUUUUUGUAAAUCAAUCUCUCAUUUUCGUUUCAAAAAUGAAUUAAUUUGAAUAAAUGAAAAUAAAUAUUAUAAAUUAA